AUGCGCCAUAUGCUGUGGAGAAGAUGCUUUCAUCAAAGUUCACGGUUAUUUGCACCGACGAUUGACAUCAAGAACAUAGUUUUCAAGACAAAAGUUGACCAUCCGAGCAUAUCCAAAGCGAAGGCCAAAUCACCGAAGCCAUUGCAGAGCAAGCACCCCAAGACAGUACCAACUCCAGACUUUUCUAGACUCUACAAGAAAUAUAAUAAGGGCCAUAUUGAGCCUACAGCUUCUGAUGUGAAUUCAGUCAACCAUUUUUUCAACAUUGCAGAUAUUAAGUAUGAAUGGAGUGCUGGUCAAUUCAUUGAUGUACCAGGAGAAAAGUUGCGGGAGAAAUACGAUGAAGAGCUGAAGGUGAGAAGUGCUGAUUCGACUAAGAAAUUUCCCGGCAAAACCUACGUCCCAUUCGAGCUAGUCAAUGGCCUGCCCGAGGUGGCAUUCUUGGGGAAAUCUAACGCUGGUAAAUCGACCCUAUUGAACAAUCUAACAACGGAUCUUAAACGAACCUCUUUGGACGGUUUUGCACGAGCCUCUAGGUGGGCGGGUUUUACCAAGACUUUGAACUCAUUCAACGUCGGCAAUCGAUUUCGAAUAAUCGAUACUCCCGGAUAUGGUUUUAACAGUAGCAAUACCCAAGGUAUCCUUACAAUGGAAUACUUGAAAAACCGGAAAGAACUCUCUAGGUGUUUUUUACUGAUUUCUGCCGAACAAGGAUUUGGUGAAUUUGAUGUUCAAGUGAUCGACUUCAUGAAAUCAAAUGCCAUCCCUUUCGAGAUUGUAUUCACCAAGAUGGAUAAGGUCCAAAACAUUAAGGAUUUUGAAAAGACCUUGGAAGCCGACCAAGAAUUUCUACGAUCCACAAUGGCCAGAUUAAUUUUCACAAACUCAUCAGUGACAAAGACUUGCAAGAAAAGAUUUGGCAUCGAUCUCCUCCGCCUUAUAAUACUUGAAAGCUGCGGCCUGAGCCCCAGAUUGAAGCCUUCAAGAAAGAGAUCAGUAUGA